AUGGCUUCUCCUCCUCCUCUUUCGUUAUUGCUUGGGAUUUUGCUGGUUUAUUCUCUGCUGCUGUCUGGUUCUGCUAAGGUUGUCUCUGCCGGGAGCUUUUAUCAGGAUGUUGACAUAACAUGGGGAGACGGCCGAGGUAAGAUCCUUAACAAUGGCCAAGUUCUUACUCUGUCUCUCGAUAAGGCCUCUGGCUCUGGGUUUCAGUCCAAAAAACAGUUCCUCUAUGGCAAAAUCGACAUGCAAAUCAAGCUCGUGCCUGGGAAUUCAGCUGGCACAGUCACAGCUUAUUACUUACGUUCUGAAGGAUCAUCUUGGGAUGAAAUAGACUUUGAGUUCUUGGGGAACUUAAGUGGAGAUCCUUAUAUAGUUCAUACGAACGUGUAUACUCAGGGCAAAGGUGACAGAGAGCAACAGUUCUAUCUCUGGUUCGACCCAACUGCAAAUUUUCACACAUACUCCAUUCUUUGGAAUCCUCAACAUGUCGUAUUCUAUGUUGAUGGGAGGCCAAUAAGGGAGUUCAAGAACAUGGAAGGUGUGGGUGUGCCAUAUCCUAAGAACCAGGCUAUGAGAUUGUAUUCGAGUCUGUGGAAUGCAGAUGACUGGGCUACAAGAGGAGGACUGGUGAAGACAGAUUGGUCCAAAGCUCCUUUCACUGCUUCUUACAGAAACUUCAAGGCGGAUGCUUGUGUGUGGUCUAAUGGCGUUUCUUCCUGCAGUUCUAACUCUUCUGGUAAUGCCUGGCUAACUCAGCAGCUUGAUGCUAAUGAUCAGAGAAGGCUCAGGUGGGCGAAGAAGAAGUUGAUGAUCUAUAAUUAUUGUACUGACACAAAGCGAUUCCCUCAGGGCCUUCCUCUCGAGUGCACUGUCAAGUCAUAAACCAACCACUCAACUUUUACUUUCCCAACUUUGAAUGUAUAUUUCUGUAUUCUUUUCUUGAAUGCUGAUUUGAUGUUGACGUGAGUUCAGAAUUCAGAUGGCAUUCCUUAUUUAAAUAAAUGCUAAUGAAACUUGGAAAUGAAUGGAGAAUAGAACAAGGAUUCGAUUAUUAUAUGAUCAAGUUUCCUUUUUGCUUAGUUAAACUCAUAAGAGGGUGCGCUAGACUGCUAUGUAACCAAUUGGACGCACGCAACAUGUUACAGCGUAGAAUCAUCCUCUGACAUUUCAUGUAAUUGGAUUCUUCAAUUUCUUUUAA